AUGAACAAUGACGAGCCAGUGUCGAGUUCAGAGAAAGACUUAAUUGACAAGGUAAUCAAUGAGACAGAAUGCGAUUUGCAACUGGUUUUGGAAUGGCUACGUCAAACAUAUCCUGAUAAUUCAGCUUUACAUAUUGUUGCUUUGCAACAGGUGCAAAUGGCUUUAUCACAGCGUCUGGUGUUGAAAAUAAAAAACCUUUCGUGUUUACAUAUUUUGGUCUGUGAAUUUUUGAAGCUAGUUUCUGGUGAAAAUUAUCAAGUGAAGGUGAAUGAAAAGGAGGAGGAGGAGUCAAAAUUGGUGUAUCAGUUCCGCGAGUUGAUUAUUUCACUAUUUGCAGUUGGGUGCGAUAACAAGAGCUUUAAAAUGCUAUUUAAAGCUUUAUACGCAGGUUCUAAUGCUUUGGUCAAGUAUGCUAUUCUUAAAUUAUUGCUUCACAUUUGUGCAAAUUCCACUUACUACCCCUUUUUGGUCAUCUCGCAUCAGGUGAACUUCCCAUUUGACAAUCGAAUCAAAGAUUCAUUCACCAUUUAUUUUUGGUUUCGAUUAGAGAACAUUGUUGAUUACGAUGUGCCGAUAACGAUCUUCACUUUAGCAAGUUCAGAUCCCCUGAAUAAACACACGAGUACAACUUUUACAUUGCAAAUAAUCAACGCAGAGCAAGUUGUUGUUGAAAUAAGAAAUAUAAGGACAAAGUCUCGCUCACAGUUUUCAUUUAAUUACCUUGUUGAUGCAGCUGCUCCCGAUCUGCUUACACAAAUUGCUCUAAUUUAUAAUAAGACAACGUUGAGUUUAUUUGUGAAUGGACAAUAUAGCGAAAGCAUGCCGUGCACCGAGCUAUGCCAUGAAUCAAUAAAUUGGAACAAGAUUUCUCUAGGAAGCAAUGGCCCAGCAGGAAACAAUCCUGAUUUAAUUAUUAGAAAUAUUACCUUACUCAAUUCAUGCUUGAGUGCGGAGUGGAUAUUAGUUCUUUUCAAUUUCGGUCCAAGUUAUAAUUGGGACUUUAAAGAUAUUGAGAAAGAGUCUGUGAAAAGUCUAGUCAAUCGAUUAGGAAACAAGGAAUUAUUCGAAACAACAAAAGUCUUGGCAUCUUUUCAUCAAAAACGCAGUAACCAAGCUUCUAACCAACUUUAUCAUCAUCAUCGGAUUCGAAAGGGAGGAAGAACGAGUUCUCCAAAUGGGAAAAAAGAAGCUGACUUGCAGAAUAAACUCACAAAUAAGAAUUUUGUGGUUGACUCAUUGAGCAGAAUAAAAGAAGAAUCUGUGUUGUACGAUAGUAAUGAUUUUCUUCGGCACGCGAUGAAUCGAAGAGGAGGGAAACAACAACAACAACAGCAACAACAACACCUCGCAAAAGACAUUUUGACCAAGAAUUUAAUUGUUCAUUUUACAUACUCCAUGUACCAAGCUAUUGACGCGGCUGGUGGAGUAUUUGUGAUUUUGGAGGUUUUACACCAAUGUGCAAAUAUCUCGGACGUGAAACUUAGGGAUUCAAUAAUGCUUUUGGGUUUGAAAUUAUUGUUUAAUAUUUUGGAGCACGACUGGAGGUUAAGAAUUGAUUUUGAGACUUUCAAUGGCUAUAGCUUGCUUUCCAUGUUACUAUUCAAAUACAAAAAAGUUAAUCCUUCAUUGGUGUUUAACCCGCUUGAAAAUUGCACAAAGUCUGUAAAUGGAGAUGGGGAUGGGGAUGUCGCUUUAAAUCUGGAAGGGGAGGAGGAAAAGAUCAGUGUGUUGGAUGUUUUGUUAAGCUUUUCCGGAUUCGAUAUGACAAACCCUUACGAGUCAGCAAUACUAAAUCGUGAUUGUUAUCGUUUUUUGAUCUUGAACUUUAAUUUGUUCUAUGGAAGCUCAUGCUUUGAAUUUUUGCUAUACCACAUUCAAAGUUUAUUGACCAGCUCCAAAUUUAGAGAGCACAACUUACUGGAACUUUACAAAAUGAAACUCUUGAAAAAAUUGCUCCAUUUUUUAAAAAUGCUGAAUAUUCGAGAUAGUGAUUUGCCAAAGAGCUGGAAAGAACAGUUGUCUCAAACUCUUGCUGCAAUACUAACAUUAGAUCCAUCAGGCGAAGCUAUUCUUCUUGUGUCGUCUUAUGUUAUCCUUGCCUUGUUCAACGAAGAAAGCUCAACAGAAUGCGGGAUCAUAGCGUUGCAAGCACUAACAGACUACAUUUUGGAUCCGCAAACCCCAACCAAAACAUUGAGAAAAUUUACACGCUCAAUAACUAUACAUUGGAUCUUACUUUUGUUUGAGCUGGAUAUGGAGCCUGUGGUUAACUGUGGUGUCAUGCUUUUAAUCUGUUUAUUGAGAUUGCUUGGUCCUCAUGUUGUAAAACAGUUUUUUUCACAGAACCAUGGGCUUGAAGUUUUAACUCUGGCACUCAAAUCAUGGUGGCGUAGUGAUAAGAUUUUACUUUCAGUAUUUUUGGGUGCCUAUUCUUCUUCAAGUUUAGAUGUUGCUAUUCGAAACCAAGAUCAAUGUCAUCAUCAUCAUCAUCCCCAUUUUCUUCUUCAUCAUCCUCAUCAUCAACGAAUCUCCACCAAUGAACAAUUGACUAAUAAUAUCACAAUGCGGGAAAUUUUAUUGUUACUGAACAAUCUAGUUUUAAACUCAAUGUAUGAACUAAGUUCAUCAUCAGGUAAAUUGAUGAGCAAUCCGCCUUCACCUUGGAAUGAACACUUUAAUCAAGAACAGCUGUCCUUAGUCUAUGACGUUGUUCGUCUGAUUGGGCAAUACAUCACUUGGCUCAAAGAUUAUGGAGUUGUUAAAAAAAUGUUUAAUGUAAAGGACUUUAUGCAGGGUCUUGUUGAAUUGUUGGGAUAUCUCAAGUUGAGCAUACUGUGGUAUGGAGAUGGUGAUGUAGAGGCGAGUAUCAAGAACUUGUAUGAAAGGUUGAUUUCAUUGAUAUGUGAUGAUUAUUACCUUUUCAGUUUAUUUUCAACCCAAUUUCUAGCUUCAGUUAGGGACAUGAGUGAUUUUACAAGGAAAGUCUUGUUUGAUCUAGUUAUUCCGGAAGUUUUCAAGCAGGUCAACGAAAAGAUUACAGAUCCAAACUCUGUUUCUGUUAUUGAUGACAAACUUUUUGUUAACAACAUAUCGGAGUUGUUAGCAAUGUAUAAUAUAGAGUUUUUGCAUGAGGGUUAUUUUGUAUCGCUCAAUAGUUUACGGAUAUACACUUUGUGUUUAUUGUCGAUUGUGGAAACAGGAGCAGUGGGUGCCAAAUUAAAACAAAUAUUAGGAGAAUCUGUGGUAACCCUUUCAUUGCGCUUAGCACGGGAUGCUGAAGUUAGUAAUGCAAAGGAAAACAAUUUGACUUCCUUUCUAAGGGAACUUUUAUACAGGCAACUAGUGGUUAUGCGAAAGGAUGUGCUUAGUAAUGGUCAAAUUGCAGUAUUGAUAAAAUUGUUACUUGGUGUAUUGUUAGCACAGGGGGGAAAUGAAACUGAUAAAACUGAUUUGGAAGCUACUUUUAGCUUCCUUAGGACUAUUUACUUGAUUCGACAAGACGACUUUCCCAAUAUCAUAGGCCUCUUGAAGUGUGAUGUGUCUUUGUUGAGUGAUUUUUUUAUAAAUUUAACACUGAAAAAUGAUCACGAAACAAUGUUAAAGUUAAAAAAGUAUCCACCGUUUGUUAAAAGCAUACUCAAAGGCUUUCAAGUUCUCAAACAGGAGGACGCGGAGAGGGAAUUUAUGUAUGUGACAAACAUGAUUCGGGUUACUCUUCAUAACGGCGGAAAGUUGGGUCAGAUGAAUAGUAUUUAUACCAAAAGCUUUGAUAAGGAUUGUCAAACAAUACAAAGUCAGAUUGUGAAUGCUGAGCUAGUUAACUACAACAGAAUCGAGCAAGAUCGCAAGGAUAAUGCUACGCAUAAUGCAGAAUUGUUUCACACUUGGAAAUCCAACACAAGCAGGCUUUUUUUCGACGAUGACUACCCAGAAGUUGACUUUGUGUUGGACUAUAUAGAAAACGACCAUCGAAUACGAAAACGUUUAGUUGUGGAAGAUUUAUUAGCUGACGCUGAAAAACUAGCUUACGGCAGCGAUGUGCCACUAAAAGAAAUUACACAUGCUGUUGAGUCGCACAAUGAAUAUGAUUAUGCUAUUCUAUCCCUGAAUCUAAAUACACUUAGUUUGUCGACGACGACGACUGCCAAUAACGGAAGUAGUAGCCAAGAGGACUGUGGAUUUCGAUCAGACGUGCCAGACCAUUCGUCUGAUCCCGAAGAAGUGCAAGAAAACACUUUUGAGGACAGGAAUAGAAGGGUGACUCGGAGCUUGUACGUGGGGGAUCGAAUCGUGUCUUUAUGGAAUGUAAGCCAAAUUAACGGCCUAAUACCGAUUGAGAGCUUGAUGAUUUUGGGUGAUAGUCACUUGUAUUUAAUUGAAAACUAUUUUCAUGGAGAAGAUGGCAAUGUAAUUGAUGUGAGUGAUGCUCCAACAAAUAUGAGAGAUCCCAUAUUGCAGCUUGUUAAUUCCCAAUCAAGAAGCAAUAAUGAACAUAAACUUACUUUGCAUAGAUCAAAGAGCUGGAGUUUGAAAAAGUUGAGUGCUGUUUCAAAGAGGCAGUUUCUCUUACGAGAUAAUGCAUUUGAGAUGUUCUUUAGCGAUGGCGCUAGUGUGUUGGUAACAUGUAUGUCUGCUAAAGAACGAAACCUCAUAUUUUCCAAGCUCAAAGCACUUGUAACUGGACAGGGAAUCAGUUAUGAGCUUGCACAAGCGUUGUCAUCCAACUCCACUUUGGUUUCCGAGGGAAGCAUUUCUUCCAAACUAGUAUCUGCAUUCUCCAACGCAACUUCAAACAAUAUGUCGUAUUUGUCUGCUACAAAAAAGUGGAAAAUGGGCGAAAUAUCCAAUCUUUAUUAUCUAAUGAUUAUUAACACUUUGGCAGGCCGAACGUUUAAUGACUUGACGCAGUAUCCGCCCAUGGGCGCUCAGACAAGUCAAAGAGCGGUACAAUUUAAAGAACGUUAUGAAGCUUUGAGCAGUUUGAAUGAUGAGAAUGCUCCUGCUUUCCAUUACGGUACACACUACUCCUCCGCAAUGAUUGUCACCUCAUUUUUGAUUCGAUUAAAACCAUUUGUUCACUCAUUUUUGCUUUUGCAAGGCGGCAAAUUUGACCAUGCUGAUCGAUUAUUCAACUCUAUAGAGAAGGCUUGGAUUUCAGCGUCAAGGGAUAAUACUACGGAUGUUAGGGAAUUGACUCCCGAGUUUUUUUAUUUGCCUGAGUUUUUGAAGAAUUCAAAUCAUUUUGAUUUCGGAACGUUACAGAAUGGACAAUGUGUUAAUGACGUUGAGCUUCCGCCUUGGGCUCACAACGAUCCUCAGAUUUUCAUUGCAAAGAAUCGCGAAGCAUUAGAGAGUCCUUAUGUUUCGGCAAACUUGCACUCGUGGAUAGAUUUAAUAUUUGGGUACAAACAAGAUGGUGCAGAGGCUGUGGAUGCUUUAAACGUUUUUCACCAUUACUCAUAUAAUGGUGGUAUCGACUUGGAUCACGUUGAAAAUGAAGUAGAAAAACGAGCAGCCAUUGGAAUGAUUAAUAAUUUUGGUCAAACUCCAAAGAAGGUCUUUUUCAAACCGCAUAUAAUGAGGGAAGUUUUGAAUUUGCCAAAUUAUUACUUAACUGUAUUGCCGCAAGGAAAAAUGCCUUUAUUGGUUUUUGAGUCAAAAUUAAAUGCACCGGUUGUUAAAUUGGAGCUAAGUUCAACAGAUAGAUUCAGAUGGGUAGGACGACAAAGUUGCGUUUCUUGUGAAGACAAAUUGUUGAUUAGAAAAUCAGAAAGGUCAAAUAAAGGAGGAGGCUCGUUGAGAGUCAAUGAUAAACUAUUUAUUGAUAUUCAUCCUUGUGACAUAUCCACUGUGCUUCAAGUCGGCAACGGUACUUUUCUUACUGGGACCGAGAGUGGUUUGAUAAGCGUGUGGGAGUAUAUUACGACACCUUCAAUUUCUUUAGUUCAUCGCUCAACAUUAAGAGGCCACUUUUCAUCUAUUACUGAAGUUGUGUUUAGCAAAAGCUUUAAAAUCGGUGUUAGUAUUGAUGAGGAUGGAUUAGCAAUUGUUUGGGACUUUGCAAGAUUCACUUUUAUUCGUAGGUUGAUUGCUGCUGCUACUGAUACUAUAGAAUCAAGCUUCAUUGCCAUUUCUAAUGAUACAGGCAAUAUUGCAAGCAUUAUCAAACACAAGUCUUGUUAUAGUACUGUCUUGCGGGUUUUCAGCAUGAAUGGAGAGGAAAUGUUGAGCCACAAAUUAGCUAAUAUUAAAGGACGUACAAUAAUAGCCUUUGGAACUACGGACUUUCCUUUCCACCCAGGUAACCCAAACCACACAAAUACUGGUAACAAUGCCUAUUGGUCCAAUGAGCUUAUCGCAAUUGCUCAUCAAAAGAGCAUUGAGGUAUUUGAAGUAGUGAGUUCCUCGAGUUGGAAAUUGAAACUUUUACAAAGAAUAAAGCUUGAGAGCAUAAGUGGCGAGAUUACAGCAUUGAAGCUAUUCAAAUGCUCCGAGGUAGACAGUGAUGAUCGUUUGAUUAGAGGUGUCUUAAAACUCGUAGUAGGUACCUCAUCGGGACAGGUAUAUACUUUGUAA